UGUAAAUUACAUUAACAACUUCAUACCGGUCAUAUUGUAAACCACUAUAGUUAAUGUUAUACUUACGAUUUGUUAUAAUUCAAAAUUUCGUCGUACUACGUUGUUAAACGUAAAUCGAAGUUAUUAAAAUAAAAAUCUAAAAAUGUCUAUUGGCGUUCCUAUUAAAGUGUUACACGAAGCUGAAGGACAUAUUGUAACAUGUGAAACAAUUGACGGAGAAGUUUACCGAGGAAAACUUAUAGAAGCUGAAGAUAAUAUGAAUUGUCAAGUAUCUCAUGUUACAGUUACUUACAGAGAUGGUCGAGUUGCUCAGAUGGAAAAUGUAUAUGUUAGAGGAUCAAAAGUUAGAUUCAUUAUACUUCCUGAUAUGUUACGGAAUGCCCCUAUGUUUAAAAGUAAAAUGACUAUGGGUGGAGCUGCUGGACGAGGAAAAAGUGGCAUGAUUCGUUCAUCAGUAGGACGUGGUCGAGGACGUGGUGGACCACCUAUGGGCCGUGGAGGGCCACCAAUGGGACGUGGAGGUCCUCCUGCUGCUGGAGCAUGGAAUCAGCGUCGUUAAUAUUUUUAAUUCAGUAUCUAAGUUGUAUAUAACAAUUUUUUUAAAUAUAUAUAAUAUUUCUUAUAAUAAUAAAAAUAAUAAUUGAUAACAACUUUAAGUAACCUAAAUUAAGUUUAGAAACUUAAUUCAAGUUAAUAAUUUUUAAGUACUAUUUUUAAAAUAGUAUUCCGACACAUUAAAAUAAUAUUGUAUGAGCAUUAAGAUAUAAUUUUGACUGUCCUAAACAUAUUAGCAUAAAUUAUAAAUAAAAUAAAAUAAAAUAAAUUAAUGUAUUAGAUUUUUAAA